CGCCAUUUCGCGUCAGCGUCACAGUCGCAAUAAUUGAUCGAGUUGAAGACCGAGACGCCCUCGUUGGGAAAAAUUAGAAGUUAUAGUUUUCCCAUUUGCGGGAUCCAGCAAAAUGCCGCCGCCCGAUAAGAAGGCUAUUGCAGACGGGAAGCUGAUUCAGUCCUACCUGAACAACUACAAUGCUACCAAUGAGACACCCGUCUUGGACUUGAACGGUGAGGGUGCUGAUGCAGACGAGGUUCCCACCAAUGGCGUCACCUACUUCGUCGACGAGCAAGGCCGUUACUACUACCAGCAGGGAGAGAACCAAUCUAUCAUGUCUCUCCCCACACCGGACGAUAAUGAUGAGGGUAUAGCGGAGGAUGAGAACAACCUCAUGGAGGAAGGGUAUCAGACGGUGACGCUGGUGCCCUCGGAGACAGGGUCCGGGGAAGUCAGCUAUGUGCUGGUGGUGCAGGAGGAAUCGAAGCCGGUGCUCAAUGUGGAUAUCAAGAUUGACCAGGAGGAGGAAGAGGACAAAGGCAACGAUGACGUCUACAAUUUCGAGGAGGAGGGCGCCGAGGAGGCCUCCGAAGAGGAGGAAGAGGGCGCCAAGCGCAAGAAAACGCCAAGCAAGCGGCGCAACAUACGCUCCAAGUUCACUUGCACCUUCUGUAACUAUACCAGCCACCGACGCUACCUCCUCCUCCGACACAUGAAGACCCACUCCGAAGACCGGCCCUAUAAGUGCAAGGUCUGCGAACGGGGCUUCAAGACCAUGGCGUCCCUCCAGAAUCAUGUCAACAUGCACAAUGGGGUCAAACCUCAUGUCUGCAAGUAUUGCAACAGUCCGUUCACCACCUCAGGCGAGUUGGUGCGACACGUCCGCUACCGGCACACGCACGAGAAGCCCCACAAGUGCACCGAGUGCGACUACGCCUCUGUCGAGCUGUCCAAGCUGCGGCGGCACGUGCGCUGCCACACCGGCGAGAGGCCCUACCAGUGCCCGGACUGCACAUACGCGUCCCCGGACACCUUUAAGCUGAAGCGUCACCUGCGCACGCACACCGGUGAAAAGCCGUACAAGUGCGAUAGCUGCAACAUGUGCUUUACGCAGUCCAACUCGCUCAAGGCGCACAAGCUCAUACACAACGUGGCCGAGAAACCCGUGUACCGUUGCGAGCUGUGCCCCGCCAAGUGCGGGCGCAAGACCGACCUCAGGAUCCACAUACAGAAGCUGCACACCUCGGACAAGCCGCUCAAGUGCAAGCGCUGCGGGAAGACCUUCCCCGACCGCUACUCCUGCAAGCUGCACAACAAGACUCACGAAGGCGAGAAGUGUUUCAAGUGCGAACUGUGCCCGUACGCGUCGACCAUGCUGCGCCACCUCAAGUCGCACAUGCUCAAACACACCGACGAGAAGCCGUUCGUGUGCACCGAGUGCGACCAGAGCUUCCGUCAAAAGCAGUUGCUGCGGCGGCACCAGAACUUGUACCACAACCCGGACUACGUUCCCAAGCCGCCCAAGGAGAAAACGCACGCAUGCCACGAGUGCAAACGGACUUUUGCGCACAAGGGCAACCUGAUCCGACACUUGGCCAUCCACGAUCCGGACUCUGGGCACACCGAGCGCGCCCUCGCGCUCAAGAUCGGCCGCCAGCGCAAGAUCAAGUACAUGCAGCCGCGCGCGCAGCCUUCGGAACUAUGCCCAGAGGAAGCGAACGACUCAGACGACAACAACAUGGUGAAGCUCGGGCUCACGUCCAACGAGCUGCGGCGCGGCGAGCUGGUGACCGUGGCCGACGGCGACGGCCAGCAGUACGUGGUGCUGGAGGUGAUCCAGCUGGAGGACGGCACGGAGCAGCACGUGGCCGUGGUGGCGCCCGAGUACAUCGAGUGCGAGGAGCCCGCGAUGUCCGCGGAAGAGGAAGAAGAUCAAGAAGAACAGGAGGAGUCCGUGGCGAGCGGCGGCGAGGAGGUGCGGCACAAGGAGAUGGAGACCGUGAUGGAGAAAAGCAUCAAGCUCGAGAAGGAUGUCACCACCUGCUUCGGCUUCGAUGAGGACGACGAAGGGGACAACGAUGAGGACUACGAAAUGCUGGAGGCGAGAGGAUAAUACCGCUAGUGACCUGACUAAAGUGACCGUGACGGCAGUGACGUUUCCACAGCGGCGGCUUACGAGUCAAGUGCAAACGUAGGCGGUAAACGGGUUUAGGCUUCUUAUGUAGCCCACAAGAGGACAGAACAAACGUACGAGAUUGUACAACUUGCUUUGGCGUGACUAUUAAAUGCUGCACCUGGCUAAAGUGCCAGUAACGGCAAAGACUUAGCAACGGCUUACGAGUGAAGUGCACGCAAACGUAUAGGCGACAAAACAUGGCUUGACCGGGCAAAGACGUUCUCACAGCGAGUUAAAGCCUGGUUCCGUAGCCGAAUGGCAUUUCUGCGACGCGAAACGAAAACGAAAUCAAAAAUCAAAAUAGUUUAUUGAUACAGUGAAACUAAUGAUUAGACAUGAUAUGUUACAAUAUUACUUAUAGUUAAACACUGCUAAAUAUUAAAAAAAUAGAUGUUGCCUGUAACACCUGCACAAGGCUAUGCCUGAAUCGCAGGAUGUCACUUUUCCUGGAUUGCCAGUUAUAAUGAUUAUACCGCGAAAGGUAGUCGUGACUCUGUCGCGCCAAUAUUUUCAUAUUUAUAUUUUUUCAUAUUUAUUUAUUCCAAUCAAUUGGCACUGACAGAUUAACCUUACGUGCUAAUUGGCAUUAUAUAUUACUUAGUGUCUAACAUGCAUUAAUUACUAUUAAUAAGUUACAAAUGAUACAUCAAUAAUUAAUUAACAAUAUCAAAUUUAAAUACAAUUAAAAUAUACCAAAUAAAUAUUAAAACAAUGUCAUAAUGUACAAUUAGAA